AUGAAGUUGGAUCGGUAUCCAACGCCAAGACGCAUCAAGCAAACUCCAAACUGGAGGGAAGCAAAGGAACUGUCAAACAAAUUUCUGGAAGAAAAGUCUACGAAUCAGAGCAAAAAGAAGGUUGCAAUCAUUGGAGGAGGACUCUCUGGUCUCGCUUGUGCUAAAUAUCUCAGCGAUGCAGGACACGAACCAGUCGUUUACGAAGCCCGCAACGUAUUGGGAGGAAAGGUAUCGGCUUGGCAGGACAAGGAUGGCGAUUGGAUCGAAACUGGUCUCCACAUAUUCUUUGGGGCAUACCCAAACAUGAUGAACUUAUUCGAAGAAUUGGACAUUGAAGACCGACUCCAAUGGAAGAAACACCAAAUGACAUUUGCCAUGCAAGAGCUUCCUGGACAGUUCACCUCGUUCCAGUUCCCAGCUAAUGUUCCAGCUCCAUUCAAUAUGGCUAUGGCUAUCUUGAGCAAUACAGAAAUGCUAACUUUGGAAGAAAAAGUAAAAAUGGUACCAGGCUUACUGCCGAUGCUAUUGGAAGGACAAUCAUUUAUUGACGAUCAAGAUGAGCUUUCGGUUCUCGAGUUUAUGAGAAAGUAUGGCAUGCCCGAGCGUAUCAAUGAAGAGAUAUUUAUUGCCAUGGGCAAGGCAUUGGAUUUUACAGAUCCAGACAAACUAUCCAUGUCAGUAAUCUUGACGGCAAUGAACCGAUUCAUCAACGAAGCUGAUGGCUCUCAAACCGCCUUCAUUGACGGGAACCAACCGGAUCGCCUCUGCAAACCAAUGGUGGAUCAUAUCGAGUUCAGAGGCGGAAAAGUUCACACAGGAAAGCCUAUAGCCGAAAUCAAAGUAAAUUCAGAAACAUUAUCAGUCGAAGGGCUUGAGCUCACUGAUGGGUCGUUGGUCGAAGCCGAUUACUACAUUUCUGCGAUGCCUGUCGAUGUUAUCAAAAAGAUGAUCCCCAAGCAGUGGUCUACCAUGCCGUACUUCGCUCAACUGAAAGAAUUGGAAGGCAUUCCAGUGAUCAAUUUGCAAAUAUGGUUCGAUCGAAAAUUGACAAGUGUGGAUGGUCUCUGCUUUUCUCGAAGCCCUCUGUUGAGUGUUUAUGCUGACAUGUCCACAUGUUGCGAAGAGUAUGCUUCGGAUGACGCGUCCAUGUUGGAAUUGGUCUUUGCUCCAUGUACACCACAAGUAGGUGCCGAUCGCAACUGGAUUGCAGCGUCGGAUGAGGAAAUCAUUGAAGCUACCCUGUUGGAACUCGAGCGACUCUUUCCGACCGAGAUUGGCGCUGCCGCAGGAGACCGAGCUGCUGAAGUUACCAAGUCGACUGUAGUUCGUGUUCCUCGUAGUGUGUAUGCAACCACACCUGGACGUAACAAGUUCCGACCAUCUCAGGAUAGUCCUAUUGACAACUUUGUCAUGGCCGGUGAUUUCGCCUCCCAAAAAUUCCUUGGGAGUAUGGAGGGCGCCGUGUUGAGUGGAAAGUUGGCAGCUGAGGUGGUUUGCGAUCGAGCAGCCAGCCGUCCAACCAAGGGAAUUCAAUCUGUUCACGAAAGUAUUACGUCACAACAAUUGGAAGAAAAGGAUCCUGUGGGGGUACGGGGAGACUUUCCCAUUGCUUUCGGUGGUGGUCAACAAGGGUCUGGACAAACUGUUGAUCACCCCUAA